CUUGCUUUCCUGGUCCUUGAGUUGGCAGAGAUUACCUUUUGAUUUAAAGGUUUAAACAACGAACUGCUUCUUCAGCCACUUUUAUUCUCAACAAAACUUUUAGCACGUUCAGAAGAUGCCCGUCACAGUGUAUUUCAGCAGUGUGAGUGGCUCUAGAGAGGUGAAGCAACAUCAGGCACACAUCCUGCAAUUCCUGGAUUCCAAGAAUAUCAAGUACUUUGUUGUGGACAUCGCUGAAAGUGGUGCUUUGAAGGAGGAGAUGAGGAAGAAAGUGGGAAACCCCGCAGCUUUGCCUCCUCAGGUCUUUAAUGGAGACAAAUAUUGUGGGGACUAUCAGAAAUUUUCUGAUGCGGUGGAGGAUGGAAAAGCAGAGGCAUUCUUCAAACUCUGAACUACUAUUGGCACACUUCACUAAAUCCUUGUGUAUUUAAGAUUAUAUAUGUUAAGACAUUUUACAUUGUUUAAUAAUAAUAAUAAUAAUAAUAAUAAUAAUAAAAAAGGGAUUUUCUAUCAAGCGUAUCUCUGCUACAUUAUGCAUCAGUACAUACAGUAUCACCUUCCAUAUUUGUCCACUGGGGUGCAGUAGUGUCUUGAGUACCUCAAAUAUAUGAACUAUUGGUGCAUUUAAUCAACUUGAUGCAUUUCAAGCAUUGAUUCUUCUUAAAAAUUCUUCAUUGUUCUGACUUAUCUUUUAAAAAUCAGAAUUGAUGUAAUCAAAAUUUUAUUUCAAUUAAACUAAUAUAUACAUAAUACUAUU